AUGUUUCUCCAGCUUCGAACUAGAGAGAAAUUUCUUGACCUGCAUUUGAGAACAGCCCUGCACGACUGGGACAUGAACGAGGAGAUUAAACUAACCACCACCACUGACCAGUUCUACCAAGAUGAGAAGAGAACUGAGCAGUAUUUGGCGCAGUGGCAUUAUGCGAGAAUCUCGAGGAAAACUUUACCUGGAGAUAAACAUCUACAAAUCACUGCUGAUAGAAAAGAAUCAGUAAUAAAACCAAAUCUAUGGCUGAUGGUGAACCCCACUCUGGCCUGCCCCCUCAAAUACCCAGUUAGAGCCAAGAAGCAGUCACAUCCAAAACUGGCGAUAGAAGCGUCUCUUCCUAGAAAAAACCUGCACCUGCUUUCCUUGCCCACUAAAACCUUCCUGGAUGAGUCACUGCAUGACGCAUCUCUGUCAAGUGAAUACCAGCUUACAGAUGAUGAUGGAUCUUCAGAGGAUGUGCCAAUCUGCCGUAAGGUAAAGAAUACCCGAAAAGGUCGAACCCCCAAAGAGCCAUCGUCUCGCAGACUCGGCCUGGCUCAGAGCAGGAGGUUACAGAGGGUCCUUCAGGACAGUCGCAACCUAAAGAGCGGCGCCUGGCCUCGGCCACCGGUCAACUACUGUAUCCUUAUUGCCAUGGCGCUGAGCAGUAGCCGAAGUGGGAGUCUGAACGUCCAGCAGAUCUACAACUUCACAAGAGAGCACUUCCCUUUCUUCCUGACGGCCCCCGAUGGCUGGAAGAACACCAUCCGCCACAACUUGUGUUUUAGUAACAGCUUUAAGAAAACACCCCAGCAGGUGACCGGGGACGGGAAGAGAAAGUCAUGCCUGUGGCACCUGACCCUGGAUGGACGACGGCGACUGAGGAACGAAAUCCAUACGCUCACCGGAGACUCAUUCAGAAUGCUCAAAAGAAGCAUGAACUACCCAGAUAUGAUUCAGAGGCUGUUUGAGCUGUAAAUUGAGAUGCCAGACUUGGUUUGGAGCACAUCUGGUUUAAAAUGGGAUUAUAUGCACUAUUAUUUAUAAUGUUUUGUUCUUUUUUUGUUGUAAUGGUCACAUUUAAUUGUCAUGUAAAUACUGUGAUAAAAUAAAAAUACACUUAUCUGCA